CCAGAGGAGACGAGGAGGCAUCGAGUCGACUCCUUGUUUUUUUUUUUCUCCAUCACAGAAAGAGUUGAACGUGUUGAGGAUCUGGACUCUGUCAGGAUCCGCAGCCUUUAAAAGUUUAACCCAGAGAGAUUUAUCUGGACCCUCAGAGGACGAGGAGGACGAGGAGGACGAGGACGAGGAUGAUGAGGAUGAGGAUGAGGAGGGUAACAUCUGUCCUGGUCCUGGUCCACAUCUGGACCACGGUGACGGGCGCCUGGAGAGCGUCUCAGCCCCGACUGCAGCUCACGCACUCAGAGCUGGUCCAGAACGGCCGCCUGCUCACGCUGCCCCUAGUGGCCGGAGACCUGCACUCGCUGCUGCCCGACGAAGACAGGAGGCGUCUGUACGUGGCCAUGAAAGACAACCUUCUGUCCACCAGCCUGGACGACAUAACUCAGAACCCGAGGAAGCUGUACUGGCCGGCCAGUCCGGACCGCGUCCAGGAAUGUCUCAUGGCAGGAAAAGAUCCAGAGCUGGAAUGCGCCAACUUCCUCCGAGUCCUGCAGCCUUUCAACCAGACUCAUCUCUACGUUUGUGGCACCGGCGCCUUCAACCCCCGCUGUGCUUUCAUAGCGACCAGCGUCUUCCAUCAGUCAGAGCAUCAGACCUUCUCCUACACCCAGACCGAGUGUGGGAAGGGCAAAUGUCCCUACGAUCCGUUCCAGAAAACAGCGUCUGCAGUCGUCGAUGGAGAGCUGUAUGCAGGCAUCACCUCAGACUUCAUGAGCCGGGACUCGGCUUUCUUCCGAAGCCUCGGCAGCCGCCACGUCAUCCGCACCGAGCAGUAUGACUCCACCUGGCUGCAGGAUGCCCAGUUCGUGCGGGUAGCGCCGCUGUCUGAAACUGAUAACCCGGAGGACGAUAAGGUCUACGUGUUCUUCACCGAGCGUGCCCAGGAGGCGGAGGGGGCUGCUGGGAAGGUGCUCUACUCCAGAGUGGCGCGAGUCUGCAAGAAUGACAUCGGAGGCCAAAGGAGUUUAGUCAACAAGUGGAGCACUUUCCAGAAAGCUCGUAUGGUUUGCUCCGUCCCGGGACCGGACGGCCUGCAGACGCACUUCGACCAGCUCCAGGACGUCUUCAUCCUCCACGGGAAAGACAAGAAGAACCCACUCAUCUACGGCCUCUUCACUACAUCCAGCGACAUCCUGAACGGUUCGGCCGUGUGCGUUUACCGAAUGGAGGACGUGGUUCGAGCUUUCAAAGGGAACUUCCUGCACAAGGAAGGGCCUCAGUACAAAUGGGCAGAGUUCACUGGGAACGUUCCUUAUCCACGGCCGGGAACCUGUCCCAGCAGCACAUAUGGAAGCUACAGCUCCACCAGAGAGUAUCCCGACGACGUCAUCUUCUUCAGCCGGACUCACCCGCUGCUGCAGGAGAAUGUGCUGCCGCUGGGCGAGCGCCCCCUCCUGGUCAGAGUGGGCGUCGACUACAAGUUCAGUAAACUGCUGGUGGACAGAGUGGAGGCUGUGGACGGCACCUACGACGUCCUCUUCAUCGGGACAGACUCGGGGCUCGUGCUGAAAGCCAUUCAUCUACCCAGGGAGCACGGGGAGAGUCACGAGGUCACUCUGGAGCAGCUGCAGGUUUUCCAGCAUAAAUCUCCGGUGACAGCGAUGACGCUCUCAAAGAAAAAGCAGUGGUUGUUUGUGGGCUCCAGGGAGGGCGUGUCCCAGCUGGCUUUGUACCAAUGCGAGCUCUACGGCCAGGCCUGUGCUGAGUGCUGCCUGGCCAGAGACCCCUACUGCACCUGGGACGGCCACGCCUGCAGCCCCUACAUGCCCACCGUGCGCAGGAGAAACGCUCGUCACUUAGGGGAGGACGAGGAUCCUCUGACCCAGUGCGUCCGACAGGGAGCCGGGCUGCAGGUGGAGGCGGAGCAGAGGCUGAUGAUGGUUGCCGAGGGCAACAGCACAUACCUGGAGUGUCUCCCUCGGUCCCGACACGCGGCCGUCACCUGGUACAAACAGGCCGGAGAGAACAGCCCUGAACUCAACCAGGUGAUAUCAGGUGACCAGCUGGUGGUGACGGAGCGCGGCGUCCUGAUCCGCCGAGCCGACCUGUCCCACGGCGGCGUGUACCACUGCCAGGUGGAGGAGCACGGCUACCACUGGACCGCCGUCACCGUGCGCCUCGCCGUCUGGAGCCCCUCGGCCAACCGCCUCCUGGCCUCCUGGUCCGCCUCCUCCGCCUCCUCCGCCUCGUCCUAUCAGAGCGCAGCGACGCAGCCGUGGUACGAGGACGUGAUGGCGCUGAUCCACCCGGCGAACCUCGGCCAGCACUGCAAGACCCUGGGGUACCGCCCACCCCGCGGCCACCGCCGCCACGGGGGCGUCACCUCGGAGCCCAACAAGGAGAAAGCCAGGCUCAGGCAUGGAGGAGGAAGAGGAGGAGGAGGAGGAGGAGGAGGAGGUAGAGCGGCGGGGAGGAAGAGCAGGAGCAAGCCACAGCAGAGGGCGCCGAGGAGCGCCUGAAGGCAUCGCCACGCACAAACACACGGACACACAUUUAACUUAUACACUGACACACGAAUAUAUACUGUAUGUACAGAGACUCCAUGAUGCGCAUGCACUUAAAAAAAACAAUCAUCCUUUUAUCAUCACGACAAAUUCAAGAAGAACUGAAGUACGGACGAGAGGAGGAGGAGGAGGAGGAGGAGGAGGAGGAGACCUUGGGUUGUAUCGCAUGAAGGAUCGAGAAGGACGAUUUGAUUUGGAGCCGAAACAGAACAAAAAAUAUAUAUUGAGUUCCAAAAGUAGAAAUUCAGGAGUUUGAGAAACGGACCAGAGCGGCGCCUCCGCAUGUUUUCACCCGUUCAUUCAGAAACAGACUCUUCCAGUUAUUCUCCAGAUCUCCUGCCUGGUUUCCCACGGUUUCACGGUUUCACGGUUUCACGGUUUUUCUGGUUUAUUGUUGUGUAGAAACAUGUCGUAACUUGUCCAAACGUUAUUUCCUGUCAACACAUUUGACUCUAAACGUCUCAUUUCUGCGACAGCAGCCGUGUCGACGUAAACAGAUCAGCUCCAGAUGAAGCGUGAGGCCAACGCCCUCUGAAACGAUUCAGUAAUUUCACUCGUCUGAGGCCACAUGCUCCUUUUUGAAUCAGGUCCCAGGUUGGAAAAGAUAAACACGGAGCCAACAUCUACAUCAGUGGUGGACUUCAGGCUUGUUGGAGGCUAAGUCCAACAAAUACUGUCACUACACGGCUACGAUGAGCUGAAAAGGAUUAUUGACUGUAUGUUUGAAUACAUCAAGGAAAACUGGAGGAAAAAACUCAUUUUGGUUCAUGUGGACGUGGCCUAAAGCAGCAGAGCUGUGAAACAAGGAGCAUUGGCAGAUAAUUAAAAGGCUCAAACAUCCAGAAGCAUCGUCUGGGAAACUAAACGUGUAUUUAGAGCAGAUGAGCUGGUGAACAUGAGACGUCCUGCAGACACUUCACCUUCACCAGGACGACUUCCUCACAGAGGCAGAGUCAGACCACGAGAUGACAGACGACAAAGAAGAAGACGCCUUUAAUGAGGUCACGUACAGACUUUCCCAGGACAUCGGCCGACGUUUAUAGAGCCGCAGGAAGACAGUUUGGUUUUAGACUCUAAAAUAAAAAAAUAAACCUGGUGCUUCUCCCAGAUUCACAAGACAAACUCUCACAGAUAAACUCAGAUGAAUGUGUCAGAAAGUCUAAAAUGAAGCUGAGUAUUAAGCCUCAUCAGAUCAGAUUCUACCAUUGAACAUGUUACAGGAUCGAUAAGAAUAAAACGACUCUGUGGUAGAAAUGCAUUCAAACAGAAAGGAUUUGAAAUCAUUUACAGAUGGAAACAUCUUCUUCUUCUUCUACAAAAACUUCUGCUCCUGCACCAGAUCAGAUUUUAACUUCACGUUCAUCGUGCACAAAAAAAAUGUCACGAUAUUAUCACGAUAUCAACAAAAAUGUAAAUAAUGACGGCAAAAUCCAGGAAAUGCAUCUUUAACUUUAUUUAUGUUGAGAUGAAUUGUUCUUAAUAUAAAUAAAAGCAACAGUAGAACAGAAGAUGUAAAACCUGCGUCCUCAUACGGGGACGUUAAGUUUUAGGUUUUAUUGCAGCUUAUUUUGCUUCAUUUAAACCUGUCGUCCUCAUAAGUGGAGGCUUUACUCUGCCCCCUAGUGGUAGCAAAGGGUCAGUGCAGUAGUCGGGGUAAGAACAUGAUUCAUUCUGCAGCCGAACACAAGACAAAAGUGGACAAGGACCAAAACCUCAUCAGAUUUUAUUGAAACUUGUUUAUUUAUAGUUUGAUAUAACUCGUAAAUUUAAUAAAUUGCAUCAAUAGUAACGAGCGGCAACGUCACUAAUUAGCAAGUGCUCGUUUCAUGUUUAGAAAUAACAGUUUUUAUAAUAAAUAGUUUUAUAAUUUGCUACACACUGGUGACUUUAUUGUUUUUAAUAGUGGAAUAAGCCCUGCGUCCACACAUGAGGACGUUUAAUUAUUUUUUCAAAAACUGCUCCUUGUUCAGAUUUGAUGCUUAGUUUUUAUAUGUCUGAGGUGCUAUUAAUCCCAAAUACAGUGGAGAAUUUAACCAAACUGAAGCUCAGGUUAAAACAACCUUUUAAUAUCACGAUUAUCGUUAAUACUGAUAAAACCGCUGGUUUCUUCUCUACUUCUCUUUCUGGUUUCAUGUGUUAAAAGAUGAAAGGUACGUUUAAGUGUUUACGAUACGCUUAAAUUUAAAAAUCAAAUCAUUUAUUUUGAGUCUAAAACCAAACUUGAAACACCACGAAGGUGCACGGACCCUCGGCCCUGAGUUAACGCUGGUUCUGGUCUCAUAUGUACAGAUUUAGGUUGUGAUGUAUUUGAAACAGCUGUAAUUACUACCAGGCUUCUUUCGCUUCUUUUCUUCUUCUUCUUCUUCUUUCUUGGAUGAAUCUAAAGAGGAUUUUGAACCGUGACGUUUAACGUAGCGCACUGUACAGGACAUGCAUGAUUCUCAGACAAACACACAGAGAAAAACACAAAGAGAAGAAAAACAAGGGGAGUCAGAUAUUUGUGGCUCUGGCUGAUGAUUGACUGUAAAUCACGGAAGUGAGAAAUAAAGACGCCUUUAUUGUGCGAAGCUGGAACUGGAGAAAGUGCUGAAGAGGAACUGGCGACGUCAGGAACUUUACAAGGAGCUAAAUUGUUAUAAAUGUUUACGCCCUCUUCACCAGGAAACCGCAAACUGGACUCUUGUUUGUCAUGUGACUGUUUGUUGGCCUGUUUUUGUAAAGUCGCCCCUGAUAGUUCAUGGUCGUCACCGUGUUGACACGUUGUUAAAGUAAAAGCAGGAAGUGGAACAUUUUAUUUUUAACAUCUUUGUUUUUUUCCGUUUCUGUUUUAAUGAAAUUAAUGACGACUCAAAGGCAAUAUCACCAGCUACCUUAGCAUAGCUUAGCUUUGCAAGUGAUUACUUUGAUAUGCAUCGGGGAAAACAAAUCAAACAUAGCUACAAUGCUAAUACCAUUAGCUGUUAUAGGUCAUAGGUUUGUUGCACAUCAAGUCACUGUCUGUUGCUUUAAUAUUUUACUUUAUUUAAACCAAGAUGCAACAAAUAUUUAUUGGUGUUCAAACUCCGCUAGUUAGCUUAGCUUUGUUUAGUUUAGUUUAGUGGAAAAACUGAAAGCUUGGAGGGCGGAGCCUGGGAAUGAUGUCACACCUGAGUAAUCGGUGUUGGGAAAACAAGAUGGCCGCCUCCAUACAAAUAAACUGCUAGUGGACAUGUGGGAAAGAUGUACCUUUAACUCACUAAACAGGAAGCUGGAGGUGGACGCUGGUCCAGGUGGUGCAACUUUGGGAACUUUCAGGUAAAUGCUGCACAGUUCAACCUCUGACUGUCCUAGUUUAAGCCUUUAAGCCACUGUGCACGUUAUAGAAUUGAUAAGAAUAAAAUUCUCAGCUCUGUAGUUGGGAUACCUCUUAGCGUAGCUUGGUUUAGCCUCGUACAAAAUCUGGAAAAGUAGAAAAGUCAAACUGCUUCUGGAGUUGUGGAUGCACUCUUCCAUAAGAGGAAGAAAUACGUAUCUUAAGCUAAUUAAACUAGAAGCCAGUGGUUGAUGCUGGUUCAGGUUAAUGCUACACACUUAAACCUGUUUAUCCUGCGUGUUACAGAAACGAUACGAAUCACGAAUUCACAGCUCUGUAGUGUAGAACACGUCGGGUAAAAUGGUCAAAGAGGUGGAGUUUGAGGCAGGUGGCUAGAUAGGUAGCUAGCUAGCUAGCAGCCUCUUUGGGCUCCCACCUGUCAAUCAAAGCAGCCACGCCCCCUAAUUCUGCACAACGUUCAGUUCUCUAAAGCUCGUCCCUCGUACAGUUGCUGUGCAUGAAGAAACCAUUCACAGAGACCAGAGCCAGGUUAUAAACACAUUUAUUUCUGCUGUGAAGUUUGAGGUCUGAGGGCGUUGACUCACUGUUGGAGACGUUUCUUAUCGUAUCUGCAUGCGACUCGUUUUACCAGGGGACCUCCAGUGAUGUGUAAUAGCUGCAGAACUCCUGAUCACUGAUCUAAGUGAGUUUUUAUAAUUUCUUUUACAAGUUUUGUUUCGUUGGUUGUUUUUUUUUCCUUCCAGCCUGUUUUCACUCAAGAUUUACGACAUCUGUGUUAUGAGUCAAAGUUUGAACAGAUGUUUGGAUGAAAAGUCAAAAUGUGAACAGAGUUUGUUCAUGUGUGGCAGCAGAUUCAGAUGUUGUUGGAUUUUAUUUACAGUCAAAGCUGAUUUAUUCAGUUUGAUCGAUACAAACUCAUCACGUAUCUGCAAAGUGACUAAAUCUGUCAGAUGUUAACUUAUAACCAGAGUGAAUUAGCUCCUCAUCUUUUUCAUUUCAUCUCGUGUUUUUAUUUUUUAUUUUCUUUCCACUUCUCUGCAGAUGGAAUAAACCCUUAUGUCCUCCUUGGGCAUUUUUUUUACAUUUUUUAUUUAUUUGCUUUAGUUCAGCUCAUCACUUUAGUUGUGGUUCAGCUUGUGGCAUAAAAUUCUGCAUUAACUCUUCUUUUCACUCAAAUUUCUUAAAUCCAGCGUCUUUGAUCCAUUUUGUUCCCUCUGGACACUUUCAUGUGUGCAAAAAACAGCCAUAAAAUCCCCAUACAUCAUUAUUUUUCCUGCUUUUUUCAUGAAUCACUGCUCAAAAGUGUGGAAAUUUCAUUAGUUUGAAGGAUUUUAUGGCGUGUACAUUUUCGGCACUCUUUCUUGUUGUAAAUUAGAGGAGGGCAUAAGGGUUAAACUCUUUCUUCUCUUUCUUCUUCUUCUUCUUCUCGUGUAAAUAUGUAUAAAGGUUUCAAACCAUA